AUGAUGGAGGCCAAGGAUCCAGUUGACGUGGUCGUCAAGAAGGAACCCACCGACAGCCCCAACGGCGAGCAGGAAGAGGCAGCCAUCAAUCAAGUCACCAUGGACACGCCCAUACCCGGCCAGCUCAGGUACGUCAGCAGAAGAGGCCGCCCGCCAGGGGGAGGCUACUCCAUGAAGUCCCACAACCACUACUUCGACACCUCCACCAGCGAGUUAUCCCGCCAGGCCGGGUUAGCGUCGGGGUCGGCACUGUCCCCAUCGGAUGUUCUCAAGUCGGUCAGCGGGAACGCCGAGGCGCUGGACAUUCGCAGGUUCGGGUUUCAGAACUUCGACGGCGACAAGAGCUCGUUUCGCUGCGACGGAUGUGACGUGGUGUUCUCGAGCCGGGACACGUACGCCAUGCACAUGCUGCUCCGCGCCAAAAACGAGUCCUGCGUGGCCCUCCCCACCUCCGCCAUCUCCUCCAACCCGGAGAACCCCACGCCGAGGGAGAAAUUCGAACGGGAGCUCCGGCAACAGGCGAUGAUCAGCGCGCUGAGAAACCAAGCCGCUGCCAUGGCGGCUGCUAGCAUUCUCCCUAAAGCUUCUCCCGUCUCUGGAGCUUUGUCUCCACUUGCAGCCACUCCAGCUAAAGAAGACGUUGAUUCGUUAUCCGCAGCAGAAAGAGCUCUUAAUUUUGGAAGUCUGUUUUCUUUUGAUACGUACGGGGUCUACGUUGAUCCUCGACAAUACAGACGGUUGUUGGCUGAAUAUGGGUUAAGAACUUCGAGCUCGAUUGUUGCCAUGAUGGAGCAUUUGAGCUGCAGCGUCUGCGGGGAACUCUUCAGCAACAAAGAUGCGUUAGCCAUGCAUAUGAUGUACCACACGCGGGAAGAAGAGCUCAAGCCCCCGGUUGUGUGGGGCGAUGUCUCGAACGGCGCCAACACCUCCCCUACACUACCCAGCAGGCAUGGCGCCCCAACGACCCCAGGGAGCGACAAGAGAGAGAACUCCCCUCAAGAAAGGGAGCUAACUGCCGAGCGAGUGGCCGAAUUGAAGCGCCUGGCGAUAGAAUCCUCACUCAGGUCCCCCUGUAAGAAACUCAACUCUGUCAGAUCGUCGUCUCGCCCCAAAAGUGUGUCUCAAGACAUGGCCGUGACGUCGUCUGCCCAAACCCGGCCCAUGUCUGCUGAUGACGUCAUGUUGUUUGCUAAAUCAGGGUUUAAAGACAAACAGAAAUCGCAGAAUUUCUUUAAAAGCUACGAAGAACUGUAUUACAGAAAACGGCCGUUAUCCAAAGCUGACAAUGACAACAAACGAUCCGAAGAAGACCUGGUCUCAAAAAGUAAACAACUUCGCAGAGAAAACGACCUGUAUGAUUUCUACUCGCUCCAGUAUCGUCUAAAAUCAUCGCAACUGUCGGCAGCGGCAGCCGCGGGCGCGAAGUUAUGCGAUAAUCACGUGUCUUCUGCCACCGGCCCGCAAGACUCGGACGAGACUUCCGACACCAGUUCGCUGAACGAUCAGGACACCGGCGCCGGAAAUCCUCACACUCGGGCCGAACAACCGCUGAACUUCGGCGGUUCUCGGUCUUUUCCGUAUCUCGACGCCAUCAUGGCUCAGGACGCGGUUUUAGUUCCCUUAGAAACUCUGGACAUUGACACUGACGCGGAUAAAAACCAGGAGUCGAACAAUCUCGAAGAGUCGACUGCUUCAAAGAGCGGGAGCAAGACAGUCGAGAACUCGGCUUUAGAUUUCAGUAUCUCAGGGCGUAAACGAAGCGAGAGUUUGGGAAGAUCCAGUUGGUACGCGGCUCCCAACAACAGCGAUGACGAAACCGCUAGCUGCCCUCCUGGAGAAAUCAGACAAGACAAGGAUUUCAACAAACUGGGCGGGGCUUCGGUUCAGACCAGCUUCAGGCGGGAGCUGUACCUCCAGAACCCGGAAGUAGGUCAAGUUGACGCCUCAAGCCGGGCACAUCUGCCAGGGAUCAGCGCCACCACCUCGCGACCUUCAAAACCUGGGCACGACAGCGAGAGGUCACUCCGCGGUCUCCAGGCCGAUUCUAUUGGUCGAAUGGGCGAGGCGCGCUACUGCCCCCAUUGCGAGAUUCUAUUUUUAGACGUCACGCUGUUCCACCUCCACAUGGGACUUCACAACGUCAACAACCCGUGGCAGUGUAACACGUGCGGCCUGGUGUGUUCUGGACGCCUCGAGUUCAACACCCAUGUUCUACACUACUGA